AUGCGCGGAGGUUCUAGCAAAGGCGGAUUCAUGAUGGCGUCCUCCAAGCCCGACAUGCGCGGAGGUUCUAGCAAAGGCAGAUUCAUGAUGGCGAAGGUUGUAUUUCACAACGUGGACAUGUCAUCCUCGGGUAGCCCAAAAGUGACAGAAAAGAAAGUUGACAAAGACCAGGAUGACGGAGAAGGAGGAUUCUUCGACAAAGUUAAGGAUUUCAUCCAAGACAUCGGUGAAAAGAUUGAAGAAGUUGUCAGCUUUGGAAAGCCUACUGCCGACGUCACUGGAAUCCACAUACCUCAAAUCAGUCUUGAGAAGGUAGAGCUCAUCGCUGAUGUUAUGAUUACAAACCCAAACCCGGUACCCAUCCCUCUUGUCGACAUUGAAUACCUUAUUGAAAGCGAAGGGAGAAAGCUCAUGUCUGGAACAAUCCCAGAUGCUGGAACCAUCCAUGCUCAUGGCUCGGAGACUGUCAAAAUCCCUGUGCUACUCAUAUAUGAUGACAUCAAGAGCACAUACGGUGACAUAAAGCCCGGGAGCAUCAUCCCUUACUUGAUCAAAGUUAUUCUCCAUGUUGAUGUUCCAGUCAUCGGCAGGAUCUCCUUACCUCUUGAGAAAGCUGGUGAGAUUCCGGUGCCUUACAAACCAGAUGUUGAUAUUAGCAAGAUCAAGUUUGAGAAGUUCUCUUUUGAGGAGGCGACCGCGACUCUACAUUUGAAUCUCGACAACAAGAAUGACUUUGACCUAGGACUUAAUGCCCUGGAUUAUGAGAUCUGGCUCUCCAAUGUGAGCAUUGCUUCUGCUGAGACGAAAGAAUCUACAAAUAUCAAGAAGCAGGAAGUAACCACCAUGAACUUGCCGAUCAGCUUCAGGCCUAAGGAUUUUGGGUCUGCUAUGUGGGAUAUGAUAAGGGGAAAGGGCACUGGUUACACCAUAAAGGGGCAUAUUGAUGUGAAUACUCCCUUUGGGCACAUGAAGAUACCUAUAAGCAGAGAGGGUGGAACAACUCGCCUAAAGAAGGGAGAUGAUGAUGACGAUAAUGAUGAGGACUAAAAAGUGAGCAAAUGGACUUUACCGGAGCUGAGUUAACAAUUUGAAGUUUUAACAAAUGGAGCCCUAUGACUUGUGAGCACUUUGUAUGCUGACCAUGUUCUUUCAUUUGAACCACUACUACCCGUGAGAAUUUAGAGAUAUAAAAAUUGUAUAACACUUCCUCAUCUUGACACAUUUUGUAUUUGUGGUUCUAGUUUGGCGUCAAGAAGUAACUAAAAUGUUC